GAAGAGAUCGCGAUCAUGGCUUACACGCCGCGACAUUCCCACUUCGACAACGAAAAAGACCUUGGCCCUGACGAUAGCAUCUCGGUGGUGUCAACCUCCACAGUUAGCGACAGCCAGCCAUGCACCAUGAAUAUAAGGACGCCACCGUCUUCGUCCGCAUCCACAUCCACGCCGAACCGCAGUAGUAAUAUCCCAUACAUCACCCGCAAUUCUGCGCCCGGCCCCGGCUCGACUUACAUCAUAGUCCACAAGUCUGGGGACGUGAUAAAGGCACUCACUGUCAUCAGGGGACGACUAGGCCUGGUGACUCCUCUUGAACUACUUCCCAACCCGCCCGUUCUUGACGCGGUUCAGGCAAAGACCUUUGCGGGUAUUUGCAACUGGCAUUGGCACUGCGAAGAGUCAGACGGAUGGCUUGGUUUUCGGAACGCAGCGACGGGGUUGUGGCUUAGGUCUUCUUCUAUAUGCUUCGAUGAAGACAAGAUGCCCGAGGCGGUUCAUUUAGGGGGGAUUCUUUCAGACGCGACCGGCUCCACGCUCGGGAAUUUAGGGGUAAAUGAGCAGUUUUGUGUGAGGAAAGCCGUGGAUGACAAAGGAUAUGUGCUUCUAAAGAGGGUUGAUCACAAGAAGACUGUGUAUCUUUUGCCGGUCAAGGUGGUGUCGGUUCGGGCGGCCAUGGGUCCCGCAGCAAUUAACCCAAAGACUGCGGAUAUGGACAAGCAGCGAAUGACUUGGGAAUUUGUCGAGGUGGGCCAUGAAUUUACCCCUGAAACGAGGAUAACUUGUCAACCGCUGUGA